AGCGAUUCACGUUCAAGAAACUUCGAGAGAAGAGCCAGGAACGUAAGAGAAAUAAAGACAAAGCCAAAGAAGAAAAGGAGCUGCGCAAAGAGGAGGAAAAGAGAAGAGAGGAAGAGAGGAAGACCUCAGGUGACGAGCCAAAGAAAGACGGAAAGAGCAAGAAGAAAGAGGACAAGGACGACAGCACCUACGGGAAGUGGACCAUCAGGUCGAGGUCGAGGAGCCGCGACCGGAAGAAGAACAAGAAGAUCCUGGAGCAGCUGGACCUGGAGGAGGCCGAGGCAGCGAGGGAGGCCGAGGAGCCGUCGACGCCGGGCAGCAGCACCACCGUGACCACCUGCGACUCCGCGUGCAUGGCGUCAGGCAGCAGCCUCACCCUCCCCCAUGACCUGAAGCGGAAGUCUGAGGACCUGGUCUUCACCUUCGACACCGAGAGUCUGUACGACAAGCCCCAGACGCCCAAGGCCUCCGUGAAGUCGAAGACGUUACCUCCGCCACCAAAGACGCCCAUCCCCUCGCCGCCGUCGUCCGCCACCACGCCCAUCCCGCCGCCUCCCAAGACGCCCAUCCCCGACCCGCCCACGGAGUCCAAGUCGGACGGCCUCUCGGAGUCGAAGGACGCCCUCAGCGACGACUCCCUCGCGUCCGACCGCUCGAACGGCGACAGCGACAGCAGCAACGAGACGGAGAACAUCUACGAGAACCUCUACGCGCCCGACCUCGAGAAGCUGAACCGCAACCGCGAGAAGCUGGAGAACCGCGGCAUCAAGCCCAACUCGUCGUUCCUGUGGAGCGACGGGGCGCAGGCGCCUGCGGCUUCAGACGUUUCCGACAAGAAAGAAACCGUCCCAGAAGACGCGGAGCCCGAGCGCUCGCCCUUCACCCGGCUCAUCGGCGUGAGGACCUACGGCCGGAUGGACAGGUACGGCAAGAUCUCCCCGUCCAGCAAGGGCAAGGAGGUGUCCUCCGAAGGCCACAACUACGCCGAGCUCCAGCAGGGGGCGGAGGACACGCAGACCCUCGCCUACGACGACAUCGGAGCCGUCAGCGCCGUCAGCUACGACGACAUCGGCGCCCCGUCCUCCUGCGGCUACGACGACAUCCGGGCGCCGUCCACGGUGGGCUACGACACCAUCCGCCCCCCCUCCGAGGGCUACGACCCCGUCAACCCCCCGCGCUCCGACUCCAGCCAGUACGACGACUGCGACGGCGGCAUCGUGACGGCGCAGUUCGCAGUGGUGCGCGAGGACCAGCUCGACUCCAUCAGCUACAUGUACGACGAGAUCUCCAUGUACAACGCGUCACAGAACUCGCACUCGUACGAGCCCGUGUACCCGCCGGGGGUGCCGCCGCAGGGCAAGCCCGGCGUGUGUAGCAUCGAGGAGGUGCCGGAGCCCGAGACGCCCACCUACCGCGCCGAGCCCAUGCAGAUCGACGACGCCUUCUGCGACGGGGACGACGCCUCGCUCGACGGCAGUCAGGACGACUCCGAAGACGGCGUCCACGAGGUGUUCUCGUACAAACUCACGCGCAUCGGAGGCAUCCUUGACGCGACGCCCCCGGCCCUCACGCCCACCACGCCCACGACGCCCAGCACGCCGGGAUCCAGCGUCCACACGAGGAUAUACGGAGGAGCCCCCGUCGCCCCUCUGAGUCUGCACGGCGGGGAGCUGGUGGGCGGGGAAGGCGCGCCCUCGCCCUCGCUCUCCCCGACGGAGGGCAAGAGCGAGACGUCAGACGAGUGGAUGGACGUGAGCGACACGGAGACUGACACGAGCACAGGGCCCCCCGUGUGCAUCACCACGCAGAUUCCUCUGGUACGGAUGCGCCAGCGCUCCAAGCGAUGGCGACCUCGGAACUGGAGGCGGUCGUGGAGUCAGGGCGUGAGGGAUGUCGCCGCCCACACACACGCCCACGCCCACACUAUAGGCCACACGUAUGGGUCCUCUGGCAGGAACUUCGAGGACGAGAUCGAGUACUCAUGGCGUGAGGGUGGAGAUUCCGAGGAUGAGGAUAACGCCACAGGUCAUUAUGAAGCCAUAUACGAGGUCAUUAACCCUGCAGAGGACGAACACCUCCAGCGGAGUGAUGACCAGGACUUCGACGAUUCCUUUGAUUCCGAUGAUUCGGACGAAGCCUACUCUCGUUUGAGGCCUCAGUUCCUUGAUGAUGGAUCUCAGACCUCAAGGGACCAUCCUGAAUCGCUGAGUUCAGAAGUCUCGUAUGGAAUUACCAAGAUCGCUGAAGCAGCCAACCUAGGCAUGCGGAGACUGAGGAGGAACUGGUCGCUAACGAAGAAUGAAGUCAGAACAGGCUUGAACCGAAUUAAAAAGAAGAGCACUUUCAGCGCCUCCGACAUCAAAAGCACAGAGAAUCUGGCAUGUGAUCUGAGCCCCAAUAGUGCAGAUAAUAAGAGAAAGUGGUCCUUCAAGAGCCACUUCCGACGAAAAUCCUCGGCAGGUUCGGUGACCUCGGUAACACGAGCAGGACCCCCAGCAUCCAAGAAGGAAUCGGCCACGUUCUACCUUACCCUCACAAUAGAAACGGAGAGACAGGAUGCAGGGGAGAUGUCUGAUGCUUCCCAGCGCACCAUCCGGUCCGAUUCGGAAAGUGUGCUCUCCAACGCUAGUACGAAAGAAUAUAGGAAGUCCAACACUCCUUCAAUAGCAUCUGUCACAACGCAGAGUUCUUGUGAUACCAGUAUGCAAACGAGGCAACGACCAGUUUCUAGUAUCUAUAGUAAGAAGGGAUCGAUAGGUUCUAGUAGUAGUGGACCAGUAAGGCCACGUACAGCACCUCCAGCUCCACCUCCAAAAGAGAAACAUGUUGAUUCAAGAAACACAGAAACUGAACCUGAGGAACUUAGCAAGGCGAAUGUAGCAUCCAAGCUGAAUCAGCUGCUUUCUACCGGACCCACAGCUCCUCCAGGGAGAAGAGUCCUUAGAACAUCAGAAUGUUCGAGCAGUGACACUUCUCCAGUCCCUGUUCUGAUUCAUCCAGACGACAGUGGAUAUGCUGGAUUGAGGCCAAACAGUGUGAAAUAUGCCACAAUUGACAUGAGUACGCUAGUGUCUAAUGGUGGUGGAGACUCCAGUGGGGAUGAAAGAGCCUUAGGAUUAGAGGUAGCAAGCUCCAUCAUGCAAAAUGUGCCCCAGGCCCGCACGUCUGUUGUGAGUGCCGUGUCCCACGGGUCAAGCGAAGGAUACAUUCGUCCUGCAGACAUUGCCUCAGCUCCUCCUCCUCUGCCUGCACGACGAACCCCAGCCAAAUCCCCACCAAAUGCCAAGUCGUCCUCGUCCUCCUCCAGGAGAUCGCAUCCUGUGCUUCUUCACAUGCCCUCUAGUCUUGUGGAUGGGGAUAAUAAUAGCUACCUGGACUUUAGCUGUGAUGCAUUGAAUCAAGACGAGCCACUGUAUGUGAGUUCACACUUUGCCGAUGAGCCGCUCUACCAGUUUUACACUGCAACGGUGCUGGAGCGAGCAACACAGAAUCAAGGAGACUGCUCCUCAGAAGAUGAUUAUGAGGUAAUCAAUGAUGGACAUCAUAAUUCUCCACCGGGUAAACUACAAACUCGUCCUUCUGCAAUGGAACUUGUAACUCCAGCUGAUGGACGACGUACCCUGUGGUGUGAGCUGCCUGAAGUCAUAGAGAGUGGUAUUUUAAGUCAAAUCAACAGCCAGGAGAAGAAGAUGCAGGAGGCCAUGUUCGAGAUGAUUACCUCCGAGGCCUCUUACCUGAAGAGUCUCAACGUCUUGGUCACACAUUUCGUACAGUGCCCAGAGUUUGCUGUAGACGAAGGUGAAGAUGCGGUGCUUACCAGAAGGGAGAGACAUAUUCUCUUUUCUGAUAUUUUACCAGUGAAGAGAUGUUCUGAAAUGCUCCUUGCCGACUUGGAGAAACGAUGGCAGGAGUCCGUCAGAAUCUCAAAACUUUCAGACAUAAUACUGAAACAUGCUCAUAACCACUCACAAGCGUAUGUCAAAUACUGCUCCAAUCAAAUCUACCAAGAUAGAAUUCUAAAAGAACUGAAAGAAAAUAAUCCAAGGUUCUUAGAGGUGCUAAAUCGCUUAGAAAGUUCUCCAGUGUGCCAAUCCCUUGCCAUGCACUCCUUCCUCAUGCUCCCCAUGCAGAGGAUCACACGACUGCCCUUGCUCGUGGAUGCCAUUUUUCACAGGCUGGAAUAUGGCACUCCGGAAUGGAAUGAGUGUAAGCUAGCCCUAGCUACUCUAACGAAGAUUGUAGCUGAAUGCAAUGAGGGAGCCAGGAAGAUGGAGCGCAUGGAAGAAAUGCUCAUCAUUUCCCGUCAGUUGGACUUCCGAGAGGUGAAAGCCAUUCCUCUCAUCUCGGCGUCCCGAUGGCUUGUGAAGAAAGGGGAAAUGACGAGACUCACUUGGAGAGAGAACGAUGUCAAACUCACCUUUGGCAGGAGAAUAUCCAAACACACCUUGUAUUUCUUCCUUUUCACAGACUUACUAGUAGUUACAAAGAAAAAGAGUGAUGACCAGUACAUGGUGCUGGACUACUGCUCGAGGAACAUGGUACAAGUGCUGGAACUGGACGCUGCAGACAAGUUCCCAGGACGCAUUUUGGACGGCCACAAGAACCUCCUUAUUUUGACAAUGUUGCAGAACCAUGAGAACAAGACUGUUGAAAUGGUUGUAUCCUGUCCAAUGGAGUCUGAUAGAACACGCUGGGUGGAAGCAGUGACGCCCAGGAGCUCGGACAACCCCGACGAGAGGAUAUACGAAGAGUGGGACUGCCCUCAGGUGCAAGCAAUUCACCCAUAUGUUGCCAAACAGCCAGAUGAACUUUCUCUAGAAGUAUCUGAUGUUGUUAAUGUUUUAAAGAAGAUGGCAGAUGGCUGGUAUCAGGGAGAGAGAAUCCGGGACCAGGAGCGAGGGUGGUUCCCCGGGAGCUUCACUGUGGAGAUCUCGUCCACCCACGUCAGGGCUCGCAACCUCCGUCAGCGCUACCGCCUCCUGGCCAUCUCCGGCUCUCUUCUGGACGAGCUGAAAAGGGAGAAGGAACGCUACGAGAAGGAGGAGAAGAAGAAGGACCGCAGAAGAACGCUAACUAUGAAGGAGGUGAUAUCGUCUCAGGCACUCAGUUAGGAGAGGAGAAAGGAGAGAAGUGGACAGUAUUUCACAUCCUUCCAAGUGGUAACCUUUUAGUGUGUGUGUUAUGUUGAGUACGUUGUAAACUGAAAAGAAAAAAAAAGGAAAGCACAUUCAGAAGACACUGAUGUACUUACAGAUUUUCAGUGAAAGAAGCAAUAAACUUUUGUCAUAUAAAUGUUGGCUUUAUGAUUACAAUAGUGCAGAAACAUGUACAGAAACUCCUUUUUGUUAAGCUUUUCCAUUAUCACAUUCUCCAGUGGUGGCAACAAGACAGAAUUGCGAUGGAGUAACGCCUGUGAGCAUAAGUAGUCAGUGACGGGAAAUACCUUUGUGGAGAAGCUUAGGUAACUGAGAAAUAAUUUUUUUUUUUCGUUAUAAGAUGCCUCCAACAGUAUGGAUUUGAUUUUUUAAUCUUCAAUUUGUGUAAUGGUGAAAGGGGGUCAGUAUU